GUGCUGAGUCGAUCAGAGAGGUUCCUUCCACCGAGGGAGCGGGUGUGCAUGCAGAAACAGCAGAUGGAUAGAUGUCUGUCGGAUAGAGACGCAGGAAACCCACUGGACCUUUUCUGGUAGCGCAGAGGGGAAGCAUCAGUCAUCCAGCCUAUUUUUGGACAAGUAGAAGAAAAGUGAAGAUGCAGGGCUUCAUUUUGAAUCCACAUAUGAGUGACGAGGCAGUGGCUGCUGUUAGCAGAGAUGACCACAAGGAGGGGCUGUGUCUCCUUAUCCCUAAGGAGCAUGAACCAUGACAUCAGUAGUGCUGGUUGACAGAGGUGGGACACUGGUGGAAUCAGCUGAAGAAGACCUUCAGCAGGAGGAACUGUAUGAGGCUGAUGCAGAGCUGGAAGGAAAUGUUGAGGAUCAGUGUAAUGCUGGGAAGGUCUGCCAGGAGCUGGAGGGAACAGAUGAGGCACCCACUGCUGGCCUGGUCUAUGAGCAGGGUUAAUCCCUACAGAUGGUCGUGUAUAGAGAUGAAGUCUACUUUGUGCAGGAGAUGGAGACUGAAAGAGUGGAGGCUUCUGGUUACAGCAAUGUCCACUGCUCUGAUAAAACCUUUGAGGCUGCAGAGGCUCUGUUGCACAUGGACUCACCAUCCAGCCUGAGAGAAGACCGCAGCCCAGAAGCUUUUACCCCACAAAGUGAAGCUACCCCAGACUUUCUCCACGCUGCCAUGCGGCCUGACAUGAUCACAGAAACAGAAGUGGAGAUAACCACCGAGGAGUGCUGCGAGGAGGAUGAGGACGACGAGGAGGAUGAUGAUGAAGAGGAGAUGGUCACCUCACUAGAAGAGCCGGAGCCCAAAAAUGAGCCAAUCAGAAAGAAGCGAGCUGGACCGAAAAUUAAGACAUCCCAGACGUCCAUUUCCAACGCCGCACAUGAUCUAAGCCUCAAGAAGAAGCCAAGAGAGGGCAGAGCAGGUAACACCACUUAUCUUUGGGAGUUCCUGUUGGACCUCCUCCAGGAUAAAAACACCUGUCCCAGGUACAUCAAGUGGACCCAGAGGGAAAAGGGCAUCUUCAAGCUGGUCGACUCCAAGGCUGUUUCCAAGCUCUGGGGCAGACACAAGAAUAAACCAGACAUGAACUAUGAGACCAUGGGGCGGGCGCUCAGGUAUUACUACCAACGAGGAAUCCUUGCCAAAGUGGAGGGUCAGCGGCUAGUUUACCAAUUUAAGGAGAUGCCCAAAAACAUCGUCAUCAUUGACGAGGACAAGGCAGAUAUGUCCUCCACCGGCGAGCACAUGAGCUCAGAGUCGCAGCCGUCCUACGGACGCGUGGCUCCGCCUUCAGACAAACUGCUUCAGAACUCCAACCUGCCGUCCCCCAGGAGGCCCAACAUCCUGCGGGGCUCCAGCAGACCUGUUUUAGUCCCCAGUCCUUCCACCACAGUUAGUGGAGCAGCGGGGGUGGGGGCUGCACCGCGGAUAGUGACGGUUUCAGCAGCACCUGAAGUGAACCAGAUCCCAAACACCACAGCGCCGAGGACGGUGCGGGUGGCCAUGCAGGUGCCGGUGGUGAUGACGUCUCUGGGUCAGAAGAUUCCCACAAUGGCUAUGCAGCAGCCAGCAGGGACGACGGUGGCCGCUGGGUCCACCACCCUCCUCACUAACGCCUCUCCUAUCACUGCUGCUGCUAAUCCUAACUCUCAACAGAAGGUUGUCAUCCAGACUAUACCGACCAUGGUUCCAGCCACAGCAGAGAACGGCGAUAAGAUCACCGUCCAGCUUGCCAAGAUCAUCACCAUCCCAGCUCACCAGUUAGCCCAGUGUCAACUCCAGACCUCCACAGGCACCAACAAAAGCAACGCAGCCGCCUCCCCGACAGGCAUCAGUCUCCUGGGAAGCCCCCUGACGGUGCGAGCCCUUGCCCCUGUCAACGUCGCCCCGGGGGCGCAGGUAAUGAGACUCAACGUGCCGACGCAGUCACAACCUCAGACUUUGAUGGUGUCGCAGCCAGGAAGCGUCAGCUGCAGACAGACGGUCACUCAGACGGCGGCGCAGCCGCGCAUCAUCGGCGGCGUCAUCAACGGCUCGGAUCUGGUGAUAGGCGGGGCAGGGGGGGUUACGAUGGAGAAGCUGAAGGCUGCAGGAGUGCAGGUCCAGGCUGUGCAGGUUCCUCUGACGGUUCAAGUGAACCCAAAGAUGAACGUCCAAUCAGAGGCCACAGAAACUGUUAGAAAACUGGAAGCUCCACGAGCGAUAAAGACAGAGGAGCCUGAGUGUUAAGGAACGAACAGCUUUCCUUUCCUUUUCUCGCUGCCUAACAAAGUUAGUUUGUACAUUUCUGAAGUUUUUUUUUUAACUUGUAAUAACCAGCAACAGACUUUUAAGGAAAAAUCUUUCUAACGUCCUGGAUGAAGCUGCUCGGUUUCCCUCAGAAUGGCAGUAGAACCCGUUCAGGCGGCGUUCAAGUAGCCCAGCACGGAGUGGACAGAUUUCGGUUGGAAGAAUCAACGGGACCAACUCUGAUCACUACAUGAACCGAUCAUUCACACCGAGUCCGAUUGAGGAGAAACACGAAACCACAACACUAAAAAAGACUUAAAAAACCAAAAAUCCCCCCAAAAAAAUGUUGUUGUUUUUUUCAAACUUGUAUCGCUGUGUGAAGAAAGCAUGAGUGGCGUUAAGAGAGGAACGAGCUGUGGGUCAUUAUAAGGAACGAUAUCAGUCCUGCUUGUACAUAUUUAUAUGCAUAUAAAUAUAUCUUCACAGUUUACAGAGCUAAUGGCAACAGAGGAGCCUUAGGUUUUCAUUUGAAAUGUUUAACUGCCUAAUAGUAAGCUGAUUUUUUUUGUUUUUUAUACUUUGUACCAUGCACAGUAUUAUUGAAACUGAACUGUUGGACUUAUUUUUUUGUCUGGCUGUUGAUGCUGGAUUGGAUUUACACUCGUCGGCAUGUUGCUUGCAGCGUGUCCUUCAGCGUGGUUUAACCUCCUGAUAAAUGGUUUUAGAUGAUGGGUUUGCUCAUGCAUAUGCAUUCAAGGAAUAACGAAUCUGAGCCAAGGCAUGCUGCCAAAUCUCCAGUCUCUAGAACCCGCAUCAAUUACUCCUAAAGGCAUUUAAUUACACAGAAAGGCUGCAAAGAAGAUGCACUUCUAACCAAUGUGGAUUCCCUGAUUGCUUAGAGGGUCAACAUGUCAGCCUGCUGUGCUGAUCCUGCCCAGACAUUUCAACAGUUGUUUUUUAAAGAGGGAAGAUUGUCAGUGUUCAGACUGAACUGUUUGUAUAUUCAACAUUUGAAGCAUAUUCUAUUUUGUUGUACUCUUGUUUCAAAGUGUAUUAAAGUAGAUUUUACUGAAAUACACAGAAAA